AUGGUUGCCCGUUCGUUUUUCCUCCUCACAGCCUUCGCUUUGGCAGGCUUGUACUUAUUCACGUACCAGGCCUCGGCCAUCACCAAUGUCAGCAGACUUGUAAAUGUUAAAAAUGUGACAGAGGUUUUUCCAAAUUUUGAAGACGGAGAUGCAGAGAAUGUGAAACAUGACAAAAGCAAGCAGUUUUACGAGUCGCAAAACAGCGAUAAAGUCGUUGAAAAUGAUAAAAACGGUGAUAAGAUCGCCAAUGACUCAGAUGUGAAAGAUGGAUCCGAUAACCAACAUUAUGUCGAGUUAAAUGCUCGUGCUGACUCAUCUACGCUCGAUAUUUCAUCGGUAGUUCAGGGAGCUGUUUCUGACGUGUCGCCUACGGCCUCCGCCACUUCGGAUAAUGCCUCUUUUCCUGUGUCGAAUCAGUUCAGUCCCAGUACCAGCUCCACGACUCUGAACAAUGACUUCCCCACUUCGUCGGCAGCUCCAGACUCACCUAGCACGUCACUGAUCUCAUCGUCGUCAUCGUCAUCAACGUCAUCAUCGUCGCUGUCACUGACUUUGCCUACUACGUCCGCGUUCCAGUUUACUUCAGACACUACAUCAAACGCAAAUCCUACCACCAGCUCGGAAGAGCAAAAUACUUCCAGCCCCGCAGAGACAUCCCAGCAGACAUCCAGCAACGAUGUGGUCCCCACUUCUUCCGAUCAAAUACCCACUUCAUCUGAGCAGACAUCCACAUCUCCUAGAACCACAUCAGCAGCACCUUCUACGUCGCUGACAAGAGACGGCAGCUCCGCUGUUGCAGCUUCUUCCUCGGCUGUUGUUACGACUUUUAGCUCGGUCGCUAAUGGUCAGACCAUUGUGGUGACGCAGACAUCUAUCAUGACGCUAUCCAGCUCGGAGCCCUCAGCAGCAUCUGGUAGCUCCUCUGCUUCAUCCGGAGGAUUGAGCAACACUAAUAAGAUUGUGGUGGGAGUGGUUGUAGGUGUCGGAGGAGCCAUUUUGCUUGCCAUCGCUGCAGUGGUUUUCUGGAUGAGAACCCGUGGUAACAAGUUCAACGAGAGUGGAUGGACAUUCUGGAGAAAGAACGAAAAGGGUGACGAGGACAACUUCCUUAGUGGAGAAUUGGGAGUGAGAGAACGUAACAUUAACCAGGGCUCCAACUUUUAG